AUGUGCUCGCCAGAGCCUGCCAACAUGUCACUGUGUGAGAUUGAAGGACCCUUGAUGCUGGACCUGAGCUGCCCUAUCUGCCUGCAACUCUUCUCUGACCCCGUGUCCCUGCCCUGCGGCCAUGUCUACUGUUUGGCCUGCCUUGGGAAGUACAUGGAGACUGACACGGCCAGCCACUUCUGCCCUGAGUGCCAGGUCGAGUUCCAGGUCUCCCAGGCCCUUGGGAAUAACUUCAAGAUGUGCAGCAUCAUCGAGAGCUGCGAAGCCACCACUGCAGGGCAGGUCAGCUCCGUCACAGAUGGAGAUGGUGGUGAUUGCCACCAAGGGGUAGUGUCGCCUGACCAGAGCAACGAUGAGACGUCUGAGUGUCUAUUAGACAUAGAGCAACAGGAGCCACAUCAUACAGGGAAGGAGGCCUCUGAGACAAGCUUGGGAGAUGCGGCUGCAGUGUCCCCUACUUCUCAGAAGGAAGAACUGCUGGUGGAUGUAAGGACCGAGACGGAGACGGCGAUGAUGGACAAGUCUAAACUACUAUUAGCAUCUCAGGUAACGGAGCUGACGCUGAGGCUUCAGUUGGCUGAGGACCGACUGAGGGAGGAGGAGACAAGGGAGGCCGAGGUCAGGACCACCAACGCCCUGUUGAGAAGAAGGGCGGCCAAGCUGCUGGAGCAGAUGACGGAGCUGACUCUCAACUACGUUAGUGGGAUGACGGAGUUGAUCGAGAUGGAACUGCGUCCCAGUGAGGAGAGCAUGGGCGGACGUGUGCGCCAAGCCACUGAGCUCAGGGAGAAGUUGAGGGAGGCCCAGCUCCGAGCCAAAUCGCUCCUGACCGAGCAAGACAGUGGGGUGUUCAGUGACGGGCUUCGGGCGGAACAACCGCUCAUUAUGGAGCUGAUGGUCCAGAAACCUCUAGAGGAGUUGGACAACAAGUUAAAAGUGAACCCGAACCGUGCUUGCGCUGAGCUGGAACGGAGGAGUGCGGAGUUAAGGGCGGGAGUCGGGGCAGCCCAGCGCUCUCUGCGUUGCGUCCUCAACCCCUCAGAGGUGACCUUUGACCUAGACACGGCCCACCCCAGCCUGGUCCUGUCGGAGGACCUGAAGACGGUGACCUUCAGCACCAAAAAGCAGCCCUACCCGGCCCUGCCAACGAGGUUCAGUAGCUUCCUCCAGGUUCUGAGCACUCAGAGCUUUUGGGGAGGCGAGCAUCGCUGGGAGAUGGAGCUGGAUGGAUCUUCUCCGUGGAUAAUUGGGGUUUGCUACAGCGAGGCGGUAGCACGCAGCGGGCUAACAAGCGCCCUGGAGAGCAGUCAGGGCUCCUGGUGCCUGAUGUGGUUCAACAACCUGCUGAGGGCUUUCGAGCAGAGCCAUGACAUCCCCCUGAAGAGAACCCUGGCAGUACACAGACUGGAGAUCACGUUGAGCUUUAAUACUCAGAGGCUGAGCUUCUAUAACAUCAGCCAAUGCAGUGGGAAGACUCACGUGUAUACCUUUAAGGCGAACCUCACGGAGCCGGUGCAUCUGGCAUAUAGGAUGAUGUCAGGCCAACCGAAGGCACACAUAACAGUAUGCUCCUGAACUGUCAUUGGAACAAAAGAGAACCACAUACAAGAUUACAUUGACUCUUGUUUUUAUUCAUCCUGUAUUCAUAUCAAACUUUUUUAUUAUUUACAUGUAAUUGUGUUUCAAGUGUUUGUGGAGACAGAGGUGUUUUGGUCUGUGAAUGACAGUAAAGAGAAAGAGUUCUGGUUUACAUCGAAUGACACAUAACCCUUUGGUAGCGUAGGCCUCAUUGAAAUGACCAAAAUAAUUGAUUUCCCCACAUGAUUUGCAAAUCUCCAACAAAAAUGCCCUUGUUCUUCAAUUAAUGUAUGUUUUUGUCAAUAAAGAAACGGUUUGGAACAAU